UGACCACAGAAACGCUGGUGGGCCUUCUCCCUCUCUGGAACCUGCACACUGCACACCUCUCGAGUCAGUCUCAGUCUCAGUCAUCACGCUCUCGCUAGUCGUUGCCACGCCUCAAGGAUCAAAAGCUCCACCUUUUAUUCCUCUCGCCCACCUUUCCCACCCCUUUUCUCUGUUAGUUUAGUCCUCCAUGCCCCCUCCAAGAAACUUAAUCGGAUCUGCGUCCGCGACACAGCAGCUUAAUUACGAGCUCUCGGUCAAUGACUGACUCGCAUUUCUUUAGCCAUCACCGCUUCUGGGAGAGAUUAACAUUUAAUAGCGCUGCUUAAUUACGAAAGUAUUAAGUUAAACCUCCAAGAAACAGAAGCUGGAGCACCUCCAAAACCAUGAACACGCUCUCAGGUAGACACGGGUUCAAAGCCUCCUCGGAUUCUCUGCGUGCUUUGUGUGUGUGAGGGAGAGCGCUCCUCCUUUCUCACGUCCCAUCGGUAGCUGCAGUAGUCCAGUCUCCAGUGCCCCAGUUCGUGCUCACUUCUAUUGUCGGCGGCGGCCGCGGGUCAUCCUCUUCCUCUCGCCGCCCUCGCUCCUGCUCGGCGGCGGCUUCUUGGUGCUAUCUUCUUUGUGCGCGUGUUUGGAGAAGAGGAGGAAGAAAGGGCUCUUCUCCGAGGGCAAAAUCAGCUUUUGCUUGUGAGCUUCUGAGAAGUGUCCCUUGGUCACAGCUAAUCAGAUCCUUGGGCGCAACAAUAUGUCGCCCAAGAGACUACAGGGCUUGGCUAUGCUGUUAAUGCUCAUGGUUUUCAAUGUUUCAGGAGCAUUUGUCGGUGUCAAUAUUGGGACUGACAUGUCGAACCUACCAUCAGCAACAGAUAUAGUGUCUAUCCUUAAAGCAAAGAAGAUUCAGCAUGUUCGCCUGCUUGACUCAGACCAUCAGAUGUUGACUGCCCUUGCAAAUACUGGAAUAGAAGUGAUGAUUGGGGUUCCAAAUGAUCAGCUACUUCGUGUGGGGCAAUCUCCUUCUACAGCUGCUGAUUGGAUUAACAAGAAUGUUGCUGCUUACAUUCCGGCGACUAACAUCACAUAUAUUGCAGUUGGUAAUGAGGUUCUUACUACUAUUCCAAAUGCAGCCCUUGUUCUCGUACCCGCAUUGCAAUUCCUCCAGUCUGCACUGUUGGCUGCAAACCUCAAUACUGAGGUGAAAAUUUCAAGUCCUCAUUCUAUGGAUAUGAUCUCGAAGGCGUUUCCUCCCUCAACUGCCACUUUCAAUUCAACUUGGAGCUCAAUAAUGUUUCAGUAUCUUCAAUUUCUGAAGAAUGCAGGAUCUUCCUUCAUGCUGAAUGCCCAACCAUAUUAUGGCUAUGUCAAAGGGCAAGGCGUCUUCCCCUUAGAGUAUGCAUUGUUCCGCUCACUCAGUCCCAAUAGUCAAAUUGCAGAUCCCAAUACCAAUCUGUUCUAUACCAAUAUGUUUGAUGCAAUGAUUGAUGCUACUUACAACUCAAUUCAAGCAAUGAAUUUCUCGGGGAUUCCUGUUUUGGUCACAGCUUCUGGCUGGCCAUGGCUUGGUGGGCCAAAUGAGAAGGCUGCUAAUGUUGAUAAUGCUUUGGCCUAUAAUACAAACCUCAUACGUCAUGUACUGAAUAAUUCCGGUACACCCAGCCUACCAAAUAACCAGUCGAGCACCUACAUCUUUGAGUUGUUCAAUGAGGAUCUUCGGGCAGGGCCUGUAUCAGAGAAAAAUUGGGGGAUUAUGUUUCCCAAUGCAACCACUGUGUACUCUUUGUCAUUUGAGGACGUGACCACAACUAUUCCGGAAUCACCAGCUUUGCGUGGGAUGUUUUGUGUGGCAAAUUCAAGUGCACCCCAUAGUGCACUUAAGCAUAGUUUGGAUUGGGCAUGUGGCCCUGGCUCUGCAAACUGCAGUGCAAUUCAGCCUGGGCAACCAUGCUAUGAAUCAGAUGACAUUGUAGCUGUUGCUUCUUACGCUUUCAACGAUUAUUACCAUAGAGCACAAGCUAGUGGUGGUACAUGCAACUUUAAUGGCACUGCAAUGAUAACAUCCACUGAUCCAAGCCAUGGUUCAUGCAUUUUUGCUGGAAGCACCGGUUCCAAUAGCAGCCGUGGUGGUGCAGCUUCCGGUCCUGUAAGGACUAGCGAGCCAUAUUUGUUUUACUGUAUUCAGGUAGACAAAAUGGCUUUAAAGCCCCAACAGGACGGCGAGCCGGCCCACACACGAUCCUCCGUCGCCAUCGCGGCCAUGUCCUCCUCCUCCUUCCCCACCUCCCGCUUCCCCUUCGCCGGCGGCGGCGCCGGGGCACCCGGCGGCGGAGGAGGAGGAGGUGGAAGCGGGAGCAGCGUGCGUCCGUGGGGGUCGAGCGGCGGGACGUCGGUGUCGUCGUCGGGGAAGCGGAUACAAAAGGAGCUGCUGGACCUCAACGCCUCCGACUGCUCCGCCGGGCCCAAGGGCGACAACCUCUACCACUGGCUCUCCACCAUCAUCGGGCCGCAAGGAUCGCCGUAUGAAGGAGGGAUAUUUUUCCUUGAUAUCGUCUUUCCGCCUGAUUAUCCGUUCAAACCUCCCAAGGUAACUUUCAAAACAAGGAUUUACCACUGCAAUGUUGACUCCACUGGUAAAGUGCAUUUGGACAUUCUGAGCGAUGGCUGGAGUCCAGCUUUCACUAUUUCAAAGGUGUUACUAGCCAUCAAAGACAUCAUCAGCAAUCCAGAUCCAUACACCCCGCUUGUAAUGAGCAUUUCACAUCAGUAUCUGACUGAUAGAACGAAACACGAUGAAAUAGCAGCUGAGUGGACAAUGAGGUUUGCAAAAUAGGCAACUGUAUCUGUAGCUAAGCAAGAUAACCUUGUAAAAUAAUAAUCUUUUAUGUGACUUGUGAUGUAGAAUGUUGGCGAAGGACCAAUGCUAUAUUUAAUCUGAGUUGUGACAUAAAGUUGUACUUUA